CCAUCCACUUCCUGUUGCACAGCUUCCUGGGAUAUGUAGUUCUCAGGCUUCCUAGAACUCCACCAAACAGAUUCGCUUCAAGAAAUAUAUCAGAUGUUUCCAGAGUCUGUGCUUUGAAAGCAGGUCUUUAGAGGUGCCAGAAUGGGAAGCGAAACACCCAACCUUCAGAAUCCUGCAAAGUUCAUGGUCUCGAAAACUAUUUGGCCUAUUGGACUAGGACUGAAGGUUGAUACCAUAUCUCCCUUUCUUGGGAAGUACCGGCCCUUUGUUGGACAGCCUUGUCAGACAUGCACCCCUAAAAGCAUGGAAAUCUUCUUUUACAAACGAUAUACACAGUUGGGAUUUCGGAACGCUCUUCAUAUUACAGAGCAGGACAGCAGGUUCCGUGGUUGGUUAGUGAGGAGAUUGAGCUGUAUAGUGUUCAUUUGUGACCGCUCAGCAGAUAAAGAUGUGUCCUCAGACUUCUGUCAGAAGAUAUUAAAGCAUCCCAGUCUUCAGUCUGCUAAAGAUAAAGAUCUGACACAGGAUGAACCUGUUGAACACGCAGAACCUACAACCACCAGAUCCUUUGUGGAUAGUAAUCACAUGGAAGUGCUUGAGAUUCUGGGUCAAAUCCAAAGGUCUCUGUCUCCAGGUCUCACUAGAAUGAUUCGCUGGCUUCUUGUCAAAGUUCUAAACGCCAUGUUUCUAAACCUCCAACUCCAUUGUGGGCAGGUGGCUACGCUCCGAGAGGCAUCUGCAGCGAGUCCUGGUGUUCCUGUGGUGUUCCUAUCCACACAACGAUCAUGGCUUGAUGGCUUAAUAAUACCGUUUCUGCUCUUCUCACAAAAUCUGGAAGUUCCUCGGGUAGCGUGGGAGAGCACGCACUGCACCCCAUUUUUCAGGACUGUCCUGCAGUGCACAGGAGCCGUGUUCCUUCCUCAACAGACGGGAUCACCAACCAUGAGUGACGCUGUCCUUUCUGUGUACGUUGAAACCUUUCUUGCUGAAGGACAUUCUUUACUUAUUUUUCUGGAAUCACCUUCCACCUCCUGUCCUCAUAACUUGUCUCCCAUUGGGCAGAGGUGGGUGCAGCAGGUUAUUGCUGCUUUGAAGUCUGCAGCAGUGUCUGAUGUCCUCAUUGUACCUGUUGGAGUUUCCUAUGACUUCUCUCCAGUUUUCAGUUCCUCAGGAGGAGAGGUUGUUCCGACCUCUUCCUUAGGUGCCUUGCGUUCCCUCCUGUGGUGGCUCCUUCCAUGGUCCAGCAGCUUAGGUUGUGCACGUGUGGAUUUUGCUCAGCCAUUUUCUCUACAGGAGUACCUUAGCAGCUACAUGUGGAGACAUUUGAACCUGCCUCUACCACUGCAAAAAACUCUGCUCCCCUACAUUCUGGGAACUAGGAGCAGAAUGCAGGAGGAAGAAGAGCUGGAGGGAGAUGUAUGCGCAAGUGUGAGCAAAGAGCAGGCUCUGGUGGAUAGAUUUAUUCUGCAUUGCCUGAGAGGUGCCAUUUCCUGUUCAGCUGUUAUGCCUUCCCACAUCAUGGCCGCACUUCUCUUACACAGAUACAGAACAGGGGUUUCCUUUUCCCGUCUCCUCAGCGAUUUCCCUGCAUUGACCGAGGAGGUUCUCCUUCGUGGGUUUGAUGUGGGAUUUUCAGGACAGCGCUGGGACCUGGUUCGCCACAGUGUGAAUCUUCUCAAGAGGAGUGUGUCUCUUCACUCUGUGGCUUCUCAUGACAUCUAUGUGCUGUGCCAGGGCUCACAGGCAGCUGUCAGACAGCUAUGGCACCAGAGCGUCACUUUACUCUCUGUUUACCUCUAUGAAGCUGUGGGAGCCUGUGCAGUGCAUGCGAUCCUGUCGCAGGUGGCCAUGCUUGGAGUAGUGGAGCUGUUGUUUACUCAGGAUGAGCUCACUGAGAAGUUGCUAUGCCUGUGUUCCUUGCUUCCAAGAACUCUGCUGCUUAUUCCGCCUUGCCAGUCCAUCUAUACUGUGUGUCAGGACGUGCUGGACAAGCUGAUUCAGUGCGGCCUUCUCUCUAUGCAUGAGGACCCCAGUGCUCCUGCUGCCUGUGAUACAGGAAGGAGACGUUUUGUUGACCGGUUGUUGUGGAGAGCGACAGAUGAUGUGACGGACAGCGACAGUGAUGGCAUUGAAGAAAACGUCAAGCGUUACUACAAGCUGGGACGAUCAGAGCACCAUGCGGAUUCCUUUGUUUUCCUGUGCCAUCUUCUGUGCCCCGUCCUGAGGACAUAUGAGCGAACUGCAUUAUUCCUUCAGGAAAAGACAGACACGGUGCAAGAGAGCGAGGCAGGCUAUGUGGACCGGUUACACUUGUACCUUCUGCAGAAAGCCAGAGAAGAUGGAUCUUUUGAGUGUGCGGAACGUUCCCUGGCCGUCUGUGCUGUGAACACAUUUGUGGAUCUUGGGAUCUUCAGCAGACAUCUGGAUGGAAAUGAGCCAAUGCUUCAGCUUUCUGAGACGUUUCUCAUUGAGGAAAACUGCACAAAGCUUCUCUCUUUCAUCCGGCAGUUUGUGUAUGGCAGCUAAAACCCAAAAACCUAACAUUGGACAUCACCAACCUCAAUGUUACUUUUCAGUCUUGAUAGUGGACAGUUCCUGGAAACAGACAUCUCUCAUAUUUGCUUUAAGUGAGUCAUUCAUGGCUGCCCAAUAUGUCUACAGCAUGACUACUGUGGAGUUGUUCCUCUGCUCCACUAGGGUAAAUAAUCCCUGUAAUCAGAGCUUUAGCCAAUCAGAAUUUAGCCUUAUCCAGACACGGGCAUUUCCAAAGUUGGUUUAAUAAAUUGGGAAGAACCAUG